AUGUACGGCGCCGGCACCGGCCCCCAGACGGGCGUCGUUACGCCCAGGUCCUCUGCUUCCCUUCGACCACUUACGCUUUCGCAUGGCUCACUCGAGACAUCCUUCUUGAUACCAACCAGCCUCCAUUUCCAUGCCUCGCGGUUGAAGGAGCGCUUCAUUGCGAGCUUGCCAGCUCCCACCGACGAGCUAGCACAAGAUGACGAGCCCUCGUCUAUCGCCGAGCUUGUGGCGAGAUAUAUGGGCUACAUCGCCAACGAGGUAUCCGAGGGCGAGGAUGACGGCCAGGGCUCCUACGAGGAGGUGCUCAAGAUCAUUCUUAACGAGUUUGAGAGGGCGUUCCUCAGAGGCAAUGAUGUGCAUGCUCUGGUAGCAACGCUGCCCGGCAUUGACGCGAAGAAGCUCGAGGUGGCCCGGAGCUACUUUGCUGCCCGGUCCGCCUCCAACCGGGCCAUGAAGACGCAUCAGUCGGCUCUCUUCCGGGCCGCCGAUGACGGCACUGCCAAGCUCUACAACAUAUUUGGCGGGCAGGGCAACAUUGAGGAAUACUUUGAGGAGUUGCGGGAGCUGUACAACACGUAUCCGUCUUUUAUUGGCGAGCUUAUCGGGUCCUCGGCGGAGCUGCUCCAGACCCUCGCCAGCCAUCCAAGCGCCGAGAAGCUCUACUCAAAAGGUCUAGACAUCAUGUCCUGGCUUCAGGGCCCAGAUGCUACCCCAGAUGUCGACUACCUAAUCUCGGCGCCGGUCAGUUUCCCUUUAAUUGGUCUUGUGCAGCUGGCGCACUACCAGGUCACCUGCAAGGUCCUCGGUCUGCACCCUGGCAUCUUGCGCGAUAGGAUCAGCGGGACAACAGGCCAUUCCCAAGGCAUUGUGCUUGCUGCCGCAACGGCAGCUUCAGAUUCGUGGGAGUCGUUCGAGGAGAUCGCCAAGUCGGCGCUAACCAUCCUCUUUUGGAUUGGAGCCCGCAGCCAGCAGACCUUCCCCAGAACGUCGAUGACACCGACGAUGCUCCGGGAUUCGGUUGACAACGGAGAGGGCACACCCACGCCCAUGCUCAGUAUUCGGGAUCUGCCCCAGGCCGAAGUGCAGAAGCACAUUGACCAGACAAAUCAGUAUCUCCCAGAAGACCAGCACAUUUCUAUCUCCCUUAUCAACAGCCCGCGGAACCUGGUUGUCACUGGUCCUCCAAGUUCCUUGUACGGUCUCAAUGCCCAGCUGAGAAAAGUGAAGGCCGCCACUGGCAUCGACCAGACCCGAAUCCCGUUCACGGAGAGGAAGGUCCGGUUUGUCAACCGCUUCUUGCCCAUCACGGCGCCCUUUCACAGCAAAUACCUGGAGAAGGCAACGGCUCUGAUCGACGAGGAUCUCAAAGAUAUUGCUAUCGAUGCGCAGAGUCUCGGCAUUCCCGUCUUUGACACCAACACUGGCAAGGAUCUCCGUAAGCAGGUCACUGGAAACAUCAUCCCUACCCUGGUCCGCCUCAUCACGAGCGAGCCGGUGCAUUGGGAGAAGGCUACUAUCUUCCUCGGGGCAACGCACGUCUUGGACUUUGGUCCGGGUGGCAUCUCUGGACUUGGAGUGCUGACCAGCCGGAACAAGGAUGGCACUGGAGUCCGCGUCAUCCUCGCCGGCACCGUCAACGGUACCGUUGCCGAGGUUGGCUACAAGUCGGAGCUGUUCGACCGUGACGAGGAGCACGCUGUGAAAUACGCUGUUGACUGGGUCAAAGAAUAUGGUCCGAGACUCGUGAAGACAUCAAGCGGUCACACCUAUGUCGACACCAAGAUGAGCAGACUUCUUGGGCUGCCGCCACUUCUCGUUGCCGGCAUGACGCCUUCGACUGUGCCCUGGGACUUUGUAGCUGCGACAAUGAACGCCGGAUAUGAGAUUGAACUUGCUGGUGGCGGCUACUACAGUGCAAAGACCAUGACGGAGGCCAUCUCAAAGAUUGAGAAGGCAAUCCCUGCUGGCCGUGGCAUCAGCGUCAACCUGAUCUAUGUCAACCCCCGUGCCAUGGCCUGGCAGAUUCCUCUUCUUGGGAGGCUCCGAUCCGACGGCGUACCCAUCGAAGGCCUCACCAUUGGUGCAGGUGUACCCUCGAUUGAGGUCGCUCAGGAAUACAUCGAGACUCUCGGCUUGAAACACAUCUCUUUCAAGCCCGGCUCUAGCGAUGCAAUCCAGGCUGUCAUUAACAUUGCCAAGGCUAACCCGUCGUUCCCUGUCAUUCUUCAGUGGACCGGCGGCAGAGGAGGUGGUCACCAUUCGUACGAGGAUUUCCACUCCCCCAUCUUGGCCCUAUACGGCCGCAUUCGCCGGCACGAGAACAUCAUUCUCGUGGCUGGUAGUGGCUUCGGCGGUGCGGAUGACACAUACCCCUACUUGACGGGUGCGUGGUCGACCAAGUACGGCUACCCCCCCAUGCCCUAUGAUGGCUGCAUGUUCGGCAGCCGCAUGAUGGUUGCCAAGGAGGCUCAUACCAGCAAGGCCGCCAAGCAGGCAAUUGUCGACGCCCCUGGCCUCGAUGACAGCCAGUGGGAGAAAACCUACAAGGGGGCCGCAGGCGGUGUGGUCACUGUCAGGUCAGAGAUGGGGGAGCCAAUCCAUAAGCUGGCGACUCGCGGCGUCUUGUUCUGGGCCGAGAUGGACCAGAAGAUCUUCAGCCUGCCCAAGGAGAAGCGGGUUCCAGAGCUGAAGAAGAAUAGGGUCCAUAUCAUCAAAAAGCUCAACGAAGACUUCCAGAAAGUCUGGUUUGGCCAGAACAAGGACGGCAAGGCUGUUGAUCUCGAGGACAUGACUUACGGUGAAGUCGUUCGACGGAUGGUGGCCCUCCUCUAUGUCAAUGAUGAGUCUCGUUGGAUUGAUCCCUCUUUUGCCAAGCUCACGGGUGAUUUCAUCCACCGCGUCGAAGAACGAUUCGCUUCCACCCCAGGCCAGCCGUCUAGUCUGCAGAGCUACGCCGACCUCGACGAGCCUUUCUCCGCUGUUGAGCGCAUUCUUGCCCAUUACCCGGACGUCGAGACACAGCUCAUCAACGCCCAAGAUGUGCAACACUUCUUACUUCUCUGCCAACGCCGUGGACAGAAGCCUGUCACGUUCGUCCCUGCGCUGGAUGAAAACUUUGAGUUCUUCUUCAAGAAGGAUUCUCUAUGGCAGUCGGAGGAUCUCGGCGCCGUCAUUGGCAAAGAUGUCGGCCGAACCUGCAUUCUCCAGGGACCCAUGGCCGCCAAGCACGCAACCAAGGUUGACGAGCCCAUCAAGGACAUCCUCGACGGUAUCCACAAUGGUCAUAUUGCGGCCCUGACCAAGGAUCUCUAUAAUGGUCAGGCCUCGAGUAUCCCCACCGUUGAAUACUUUGGCGGCAAGCUCAUUGAGACGGAGAUCCCGCUCGAUGUCGAGGGUCUUACCAUCUCCAUGGAUGUGAACAAGAACACGUAUCGUCUCUCGUCCUCCCCCUCGGCCCAGCUCCCGUCGCUGGAUUCGUGGAUUUCGCUCCUGGCCGGCCCCAAGCGCAACUGGCGUUAUGCGCUGCUGCAGUCCGAUGUCAUUGUUCAGGGCCAGAAAUAUCAGACGAACCCAAUGAAGAACAUUUUCGCGCCGACUCGUGGCUUGUUUGUCGAGAUUCAGCAUCCAAACGACCCUGCCAAGACAGUCAUCACUGUCAAGGAGCAGCCCCGCCCCAAUCGCUAUGUUACUGUGAUUGAGGCCAAGCUGGUCAAGAAGAACGAGAUUGCCGUCAAAAUGAUCAAGGAAACUACAGCUCUUGGCAAGCCCGUGGCGCUUCCGCUGCGUUUCACGUACCGUCCCGAUACGGGGUACGCGCCCAUUCACGAGAUCAUGGAGGGCCGCAACGAUCACAUCAAGGAGUUUUACUGGAAGGCUUGGUUCGGCGACGAGCCACUCAACCUCGAUGCGGCCGUGACUGGCAUGUUUGAUGGCGGCAAGGCCACCAUUACAGGGGAAGCGAUCAAUGAAUUCGUCCACGCUGUCGGCAACACAGGUGAAGCCUUCGUUGACAGGCCGGAGAAGAUCAUGCAUGCCCCCAUGGACUUUGCUAUCGUUGUCGGCUGGAAGGCCAUCACGAAGCCCAUAUUCCCGCGGACGAUUGACGGCGAUCUCCUGAAGCUCGUCCACUUGUCAAACCAGUUCCGCAUGAUGCCCGGCGCUGAGCCCCUAAAGAGGGGCGACGAGGUUUCGACGACUGCUCAGGUCAACGCCGUAAUCAACCAAGAAUCUGGAAAGAUGGUUGAGGUGUGCGGAACCAUCACCCGCGACGGCGAAGCUGUCAUGGAGGUCACGUCGCAAUUCCUGUACCGCGGGGCCUACACCGACUUUGAGAACACCUUCCAGCGCAAGACCGAGACGCCCAUGCAGGUCCAUCUUGCCAGCACCAAGGAUGUUGCCGUUCUCCGCUCCAAGCAGUGGUUCGUCCUCGACGACCUUCCGAACCCCGAGAUUGAGCUGCUCGGACAAACCUUGACCUUCCGCCUGCAGAGUCUUGUCCGUUUCAAGAACAAGACCGUCUUUAGUCACGUUGAGACAAGGGGUCAAGUACUCCUCGAGCUCCCUACCAAGGAGAUUAUCCAAGUCGCCACGGUGGAUUACGAGGCCGGCGAGUCGCAUGGCAACCCGGUUACCGACUACCUCCAGCGUCACGGCUCUUCCAUUGAGCAGCCCAUCAACUUUGAGAACCCCAUCCCUCUCAGCGGUAGGACUCCCCUUCUGCUCCGCGCACCUGCCUCCAACGAGACAUAUGCCCGCGUUUCCGGUGACUACAACCCGAUCCACGUAUCUCGCGUCUUCUCGAGCUACGCCAACCUGCCAGGAACCAUCACACACGGCAUGUACUCGAGCGCCGCCGUGCGCAGCCUAGUCGAGACGUGGGCCGCCGAGAACAAGAUUGGCCGCGUUCGGAGCUUCCACGCCUCUCUCACCGGCAUGGUGCUUCCCAACGACGAUAUUCACGUCAAGCUCCAGCACGUUGGUAUGGUUGCUGGCCGCAAAAUCAUCAAGGUUGAAGCUAGCAACAAGGAGACGGAGGAGAAGGUGCUUCUCGGCGAGGCCGAGAUUGAGCAGCCAGUCACAGCUUAUGUCUUCACUGGUCAAGGUUCUCAGGAGCAGGGUAUGGGCAUGGAUCUCUAUGCCAGCAGCGCCGUGGCCAAGGACGUGUGGGACCGGGCCGACAAGUAUCUGAUGGAUACGUAUGGCUUUGCGAUUACCAAUAUUGUGAAGAACAACCCGAAGGAACUCACGAUUCACUUUGGUGGUCCUCGCGGCAAAGCCAUCCGGCAGAACUACAUGGCCAUGACUUUCGAGACGGUGGCCGCUGACGGAUCGAUCAAGUCUGAGCGCAUCUUCAAGGACAUCGACGAGAGGACGGCGUCGUACACGUACCGCUCCCCCACCGGUCUUCUUUCGGCCACCCAGUUCACUCAGCCCGCCCUUACCCUGAUGGAGAAGGCCAGCUUCGAGGACAUCCGGGCCAAGGGUCUGGUGCCGCGGGACAGCACAUUUGCUGGUCAUUCACUUGGCGAAUACUCGGCGUUGGCUGCGCUAGCUGAUGUCAUGCCUAUUGAGUCGCUGGUAUCAGUCGUCUUCUACCGCGGCCUUACCAUGCAAGUUGCCGUGGAGCGUGACGCAUCUGGUCGGUCAAACUACAGCAUGUGCGCUGUCAACCCCAGCCGCAUCAGCAAGACGUUUAACGAGGAGGCGUUGCGGUUCGUGGUCAGCAAUAUUGCCGAGACCACGGGCUGGCUGCUCGAGAUUGUCAACUACAAUAUUACCAACAUGCAAUACGUCUGCGCCGGUGAUCUGCGGGCUCUCGACACUCUGACGGGAGUUACCAACUACCUCAAGGCCAUGAAGAUCGACAUUGAGCAGAUGAGGAAGGAAUACCAACCUGAGAUGGUCAAGGAGAAGCUCGUAGAUAUCAUCAGGGGUUCUGCUAAGGACACAGAGUCCAAGCCCAAGCCUCUGGAUCUGCAGCGCGGAUUCGCGACGAUCCCGCUCAAGGGUAUCGACGUGCCUUUCCACUCAACCUUCCUACGGUCUGGCGUCAAGCCCUUCAGGAGUUUCCUGCUCAAGAAGAUCAACAAGACGACGAUUGACCCAGCCAAGCUCGUCGGCAAAUACAUUCCCAACGUGACGGCGAGGCCGUUUGCGCUUACCAAGGAGUACUUUGAGGAUGUGUACCGCCUGACAAACUCGCCCAAAAUUGGCCACGUGCUCGCCAACUGGGAUAAAUACCAAGAGGAUGGCGCCGGUGGAGUCCCCGCUGCCGUUUCCAAUGGAGUUAAUGUUCACCAAGAGAACGGUGCUAAUGGAGUGGAGGCAGAGGCUUGA